CCGAACCGCAAUCGUGGUUAGUUGGUCAUGUUACAGUUUGAGCAUGUCACAACGGGUUGAAGCGAUCUGGGAGACGUACAGAGGGUAAUAAGAUACAAAAACGUCCUUAGUUUAAAACAUUAGGCUAUUUUACAAACAUUUGAACCACCUUCGAAACAAGCGCGAUGAGUUUGAACGAGCAUUCGCUUCAAGCUCUGUCAUGGAGAAAACUUUACUUGAGUCGAGCCAAACUGAAAGCGACCAGCCGAACCUCUGCGCUGCUCUCCGGCUUCGCUAUGGUAGCAAUGGUGGAAGUCCAGUUGGAGGAAGAUCACGUGUAUCCUCCCGGCUUACUGAUCGCUUUCAGCGCUUGCACAACAGUGCUGGUUGCCGUUCAUCUCUUUGCUCUGAUGAUCAGCACGUGCAUCCUGCCCAACCUGGAAGCUGUGAGCAACAUCCAUAACCUCAACUCCAUCAAAGAAUCGCCGCACGAGCGGAUGCACUGCCACAUCGAGCUGGCCUGGGCUUUCUCCACCGUCAUUGGUACCCUUCUCUUUCUCGCAGAGGUGGUCCUUCUCUGCUGGGUGAAGUUCCUCCCUCUGAAGAAUAAAAAGCCAGUCCCUAAUGAGAAGAACGUUACCACUGAACCUCCAGGUAUGAGCCCAGGGGAAGCCGCAGCAAUCGCCUCUACCUCCAUCAUGGUGCCCUUCGGUCUGGUGUUUAUCGUUUUCGCGGUGCAUUUCUACCGUUCUCUGGUGAGUCACAAAACGGACCAGCAGUUCAAGGAGCUGGAAGCUCUGUCCAACAUCACACGGCUGCAGAACCAGCUGGAUCACAGGGGAGAUGCCUCCAACUUGCAGACCUCUUCAGCACAUUUUGUUGCCUAGUGAAAGCGCUUUAGAUGAGCCAGAUCAUAUUUCUCUAACAUAAGGAAUGGCAUCAUCAUUGAAUGGACACUAUAUGGUACGAAUCAGAUUUUAUGUUAUGAUAGUGUCAAUAUAGAAGGUUUCAGCAGCAACAACAUAAACAAAUGUUAUGUGGCCCAAACUUAACUUCCAUUAAACCACCGCAAAGAAUCAAUAACUGUUGAGUAGUUUUAAUUUAAUAAAUUAAUAUACGUAAAACAUUAAUAUUAAUAUAAAUUAACUGUAAAUAAAUUAUGUUAUAACCGAACACAGACCGGAAGUUAACUUCUGGCCAGGUGUGUACAUCCGAUGAAGCCGUCUAUAGGUGUUCACAACAUAAUACUGCUGGGUUUUUAUGUUUUUUUCAAUACACCAAGUAUUGUGAUUCGCUUUCAGUUUGUUUUUAUUUAUCUGCACCCAUGUUAUUCUUAUAUUUUCAUAUGUGCAACCCCAAAUGAGAGGGGAAAUAUGGCUCUAGCUAUUUAGUUAUGAAUACGAAUGAAAAGGUCAAAAAUCUUCAAAGUGUCUGUUUGCAAAUUUUAAAUAGUGCCAUUCCAUAGUGGACUAUGGAAGUGAAGAGUAACUGAAAAAAGAGCAGUUUUUUUAAUUUUGUGAUUCAGCCAAAUGUUUAUCUACUAUCCUCAUUUCAGUCAAUUAUGUGUCCAGGGGCCCGUUUCAGAAAGGAGGUUUAGUGAAAUCUCUGAGUAUAUUGACCCUGAAAUGAGGGAAACUCUGGGUUUUCUGUUUCAGAAUGUGAGGAAUGUCAAACCCGAGAAAGCGGUGUAACUCAAGCCCGUUUCUAAAGGAGAGGUAACUUAUACUCAGAGUCAGUAACCAUAGUAACUUACUCUGUGAACUUAACCUGGUCUGGAGCAGGUUUUCUUUGGUAAACCCAGAGUUUAUUUCAAUCUCCUCCCCCUUUUAAAGCACAAGUGGUGUAACGUAUUCAUUCGUUAAUACAGUCAUUCAUGGCACACAUUUUGAUCACAUAGAGACCAUCUCAGUGACUUAUAUGUCAUAUGUGCUUUUAUAGAGGAUUCAUGAAGAGGCUGCAUUCAUUCACUGGAAUGUACUUUGAUUUCAGGAGAGCAAUUUAGGACCUGAGUGGAAUUUUGUCAUUUCCCUGUGCAUUUUUAUUAAAACUGUACCGUUUUUCUUUACAGUGAAUUAGAUAUAUCAAAAUAUAUCUCAUCCAUCCUUACAUCAAUAACAUCAGACAACGUAGGUGUAUUACAUCAGAGCAUAAUUUUCUAUGGACGAUGAGAAAUGACUUAAUAAAGUGUAUAAAUAAAGUGCAUGAAUAAAGAAAUGAAUAAAUACAGACAUGCAUACAGAAAUGAAGCGAUAAAGGUUAUAAACAGGUAAUUUUGACGUGCAGCCAAUCCAACUGAAAUCUGCUCAGAGCAGGGUUCGGACCGGCGAUCAGUCUAAUUUUGCACGAGAGUCUGACGCCCUACAGGUGUCCUAUACACCAUGACGUCUCAUUUCCGUAACUAGAGGACUCAUGGCGAGUGAGAACAUACAAUGUUUUUAUUAUUUCUAUUUUAUUUCUAUUGUUUCAUUCAUUUAAUGAUUAAUUUGUUUGUUUAUUGGUACAUUUAUUAAUUUAAACUUAAGUCAUUUUCAGGACAUCAGUAAAUCCACUGUAUGCAGAGCGGAAAGUGUGCCUCACUCUCAAGUGCUUUCUGCUGCCAUGUUGAUUUUUUUGGUGCCAUUGCCAUGGUGAAUCGUAAUAUCGGAGCUCCAUUGAUGAUGGCUUUUUAUAGUCGUGCACGUGCUUAACCCAGGGUAAGCCUACCCAGAGUAAAUUGAACUAACUCAAAUGAGCUGUUCUGAAACCAAAAACUCAAAGUUUCUAAUUUCUAAGUAAACCAACUUUGAGUUCAAGGUUUAACCUAAAGUUGGUUGAACCUCCUUAUUGAAACGGGCCCCUGGACAUAUAAAAGCAUUUGCUACUGGAUUAAGACCAAAACAGUGCUUUUAAAAUAGCGUUAUUUUGAUUUUCACAAAAUAUUUGCGUGCAUGUUUUGAGUGUGUAAAUACAAAAUGUACAUUGACUAAUUUCAGAAAUAUUUUAUCUUAGGUUUUUUGGUAGAUAAGAAUUAACACUUGUAUAAUUUGUAGGGAUGUAAUGAUUCACCGUGAGUUGGUAUUUAGUGCAAAUUUGGUAGUUGUGGAUAUGCGGAUAUUUCUUUUUAAAAAAUCCAAGUUAGGAAAAGCACAGACAAGUCUUUACUUUUUCUAACAAGUCUGUGCAUUUCCUAACUUGGAUUUUUUUUAUUUUUGUUAAGAAAUAUCAGCAUGUUUAUAUUAAAAAGACUUGUAUUAUUCAUUUUUUUUAUUUGAUUUGGAAUUUGUUUUAAAAUUGCAAUUUAAUUUUGUUAUUUGACAUGAAAGAUAUUUUUAUUUUACGAAUUGGCAGCAUUUGAGAAAUAAUAAAAGGGCACUUGUUCAUUUCUAAAUUGUUCUCAACUCAUAUUGUAAAAAAAUUUUGCAUUCUGAGAUCAGUAUCGUGAAUCGUAUCGCAACAUGAGCUGAGUGAAUCGCUACAUCCCUAAUAAUUUGUUUACAUGGAUUGUCUUUUAUUAAUAAUAAAAUAUUUUAUAGGUUUUUGCACACCUACUGUAAAGCUAUAAUAUAAUAAAGAAGAGGAGACAUUUUUAGACUAUUUGAUUGAUACAGUGGUCUCGAAAAACAAAACAAAAAACCACUUAAAAUGUAUGCAUGAUUAUACAACAAAAUCAUACACCAAUUUCAUUUUUUUCAAUUCACAAAAAAGGUUGAUAUAGAGUAAAUGUAUAUAAAUUAUGAAACAAUAGACAAGUUGUUCAAAAUUAGUUCAAAAUCAAGAUAUUAGAAGAACAUAAUCUGUGAGAACUGUAUGAUUUUACAAAUGUAAUCUGUAGUGACAUUUUAUUUGGAACCACUGUGUUUGCAUGUUUGAUGAUUACUCUUGUGUGCAUAUACCGUAUUUUUUUGCUAAUACAGCAGUUACAAGUUAAAAAUUGUAUUGUGUUGAGUUUUGUAGAAUACAUAAAUAUUCAUACUUUUGUGCGUUAGACUUGAAAAUCUUAGGUUGAGAGGAUUGGCUCAGUCUUAUCCUCUACUUAAACACAAAAUUACACUCAACAAAUGGUUAAAUGUAUACUAUCCACAAUUUCUCCAACUGGAAAGAUUUUACUGGUAUGCUUAAUAUUUUUUAGUUUAAGUGUUAUUUCUUUGGUAGUUUGCAUUUGUGCAGGUCUUUGCUAAUGAAAAUAGCAGUCACCAAGAGUUUGUGUGCAUUGGCAUAAAUUUUGUUUUAAAGCUGUAUGUGUAUAAGCUGCUAAUCUCAUGUAUUUUAAACGUCCUGUUUAAUGGAGGGUAAAUAAGGCUUUAAUUUUGUAUUUACACCAGGGCUGGGAAGCCAACUUCAUGAUGGAUUGUCUGUGGCAAUACUUGUGUUGCUGGUAAUUGAACAUGUUUAUGCCAUUUUAAGCAGGCUCCAAGACAUUCUCAUCGAUGUUUCAUUGUCAAGUACUGCAAGAAUGAGAAAAAAAUAAAAAUGUACAAA